AUGGGACCAGGCAAUGAUACCCAAAUUUCGGGAUUUCUUCUUCUGAGAUUAGCAAACAAACCAGAAAUGCAGCUCCCCAUAUUUGGGUUUUUUCUCUCCAUGUACCUAAUCACUGUGUUUGGAAACCUGCUCAUCAUCCUGGCUGUCAGCACAGACUCCAAUCUCCACAUACCCAUGUACUUCUUCCUCGCCAGCCUGUCCUUUGUAGACAUCUGUUUCACCUCUACCAUCAUCCCAAAGAUGCUGGUGAAUAUACAGACACAGAGCAAAGUUAUAACCUAUACAGGAUGUAUUAGCCAGAUCUGCUUUUCCUUACUCUUUGCAGGCUGGGACGACUUUCUCCUGGCUGUGAUGGCCUACGACUGGUUCGUGGCCAUCUGCCACCCCCUUCACUACACGGUCAUCAUGAACCCCUGGCUCUGUGGACUGCUGGUUCUGGUGUCCUGGAUCAUGAGUGUCCUGAAUUCCUUAUUACAGAGCUUAAUGUUGUUGCAGCUUUCCUUCUGUUCAGCUGUGGAAAUCCCCCACUUUUUUUGUGAACUCCAUCAGAUGACCCAACUUGCCUGUUCUGAUACCUUUCUUAAUGACACAGUGAUAUAUGUUUCAGCUGUGCUGCUGGCUGGUGGUCCCCUCGCUGGGAUCCUUUAUUCCUACUCUAAGAUUAUUUCCUCCAUAAGUAGAAUCUCAUCAGCUCAGGGCAAGUAUAAAGCAUUUUCCACUUGUGCAUCUCACCUCUCAGUUGUCUCCUUAUUUUAUUGUACAGUCCUGGGAGUGUACCUUAGCUCUGCAGCUACCCAGAGCUCUCAAGCAAGUACAGUAGCCUCAGUGAUGUACACGUUGGUCACACCCUGCUGA